GCUAGUAAGCUGUGCGAGGAUUUUCAUUAAUUGGCCAGUGAAAAGGAAAUAUUUUUUUCCAAGUUUUACAAGUUGCGCAAUUUCCAUUGGUAACACUGUAUGUGACACAAAUUUUAGACAGAUUGUUUGUUUUUGUUAAUGCACUGUUCGUUGCUACGUUCCAUGUUUACAUUUUUAUCUCUUACUUCCAAUUGAAGCAAGUAUGGAUAAUUCGUUCAAUAAACUGAAAGAACUUGAUCUUACAAGUGAGGAAGUUAAUUGUAUUGGGGAAGCAUUAAAAAAGCCUGAAUUCAGAAAACUACUGACAGACUAUGUUGAAGAACUACAGGAUCCAAAAAACAAAAUACUUUAUGAGCAGGAGAUCACUCAACUGGAGAAAGAACGUGGUAACGAUAUUACUUUUAUUCAUCCCCGACCAGGUUAUGUAAUAAAAACCAGUGUUAAUGGUAACCAAAAAGCUUUUAUCAAUAUUUGUGCGAAUGAUCAUAUAAAAAAACCUACGUCUUCACCGACAAUCAGAGAAGGAGAGAAAGGAUUGACGUGGUCCCUACCUCAUUCAUUAUCACCUCCACGAGAAGAUUUAGAUAAUAAGAAAGUUCCUUGUCGGGUUUUUGACAUAGUGUUUCAUUCAGAUACUCUUCAUUUAGCAUCUAAAAAUAAAACAUUUCGUGAUAUGGUCAAUAACACUGCCUUGGAAGCUAUAGAAACAAAUUUUGAUUUUCAAUUGGAUAAGAAAAAUUUGAAAUUUCCCAAACUCAAUUACAAGGGAAUACCUCAUGCAAGUGUUAUUAGAUCUCCAUCAGAAAACAAACCCAAACAAACUCCAGAAGAAAAAGAGUUUUAUGAUAAAAUUUUUGAAAAAGUGGAAUCUGAUAAAAUUAGCCCAAAAAAGUGUAAAAAAGUAUAUAGAAGAAAUAGCUUGGAUGAAAAAUCCAACUAUACCACACCAAAUUAUACCAUAAAACACAGGAGUCAUGUUGACAUUCAAGAAUUUACAGAAAACAGGGAAGCAAAAUUAAAUGCAGUUAUACCAAAAGAGUUGAUAGUGGAAAUAAAUUUGCCUCUGCUCAAAUCUUCUGCUGAUAUAACAUUAGAUGUUACAGAAAAAACAGUGCAAGUUGUUAGUGAAUCCCCAGCAAAGUACAAAUUGAAUUUAACAUUACCCUAUCAUGUCAAUGAAGCAUCUGGCAAUGCCAAGUUUGAUAAGGAUUUGAGAAAGUUAGUAAUAACUCUACCUGUUAGGCAAUCCCGAACCUGUUUCGACUUUAGUGAUAGUGGUGUUGAAAGUGAUCAAUGUUCCCCGGGAAUCCCGGAAUCUGAUGAUGAGACCAGUGAUAAAAAGUUAGUUACUGAAUUGCCUUCAAGUGAAAACUGUGUUGAAAAAUCUAGCGAAUUUAGGACAAAAUUUCUUGAUGAAAAUUUGCAUUACAAUAUACCUGAAUUUACAUGCCAUGUUUUUGAAAAUAUUAUAGCGUUUACACUGAAUGUAAAAAAUGUAGAUGAAAAUUCGGUUUCCAAAAUAUUCGGUGAGAAUGGCACCAUAGUUCAUACAAAAUUCACCAGUAUAGGUUCUAGUUUUUAUCCCAGUCACUAUGCUUUUUGUGUAAAAUUGCCCAGUUCCAAAAUUGAUGCUGAAAAUACCACAGUGGAAGUAUGGGACAACAACGUUAUACUUCAAGUACCUGUUUCUCACUGUGAAACAUUAACUGAAUAUUUUUUUGGGGUGAAUGAAGAUAAUUUAACAGAAAAACAUGUGGAGGAGCCCCAAAUCAUCAAUACUAUACUGUUAGGAGAAGAAACUGAGGAAAAGAGUAAUAAACAGUUGGAAACUCAUUCAGAAACACCUUCGGUAGAACCUGAACCCGUGAAUCAUCCAAACUCACAAAGCAGUUUUUACGACACUAAAUGUGAUAAAAAAACCAGGGCUAUUGAUAUUCUCGGUGAUUCCUAUGAGUCCAGUGGAGAUGAGCUGUGCUAUGGUAGCUUUAGCCCAAGCAAAAAUAAAGGAAUUCUGAAGAGACUAUCAUCCAAUCGAUUCACAGUUAGUCGAAGCAUAUCCGAGUCUAGUUUGGAUGAUUUUGUCUGCUCUUCUUUUGAAAAUUGUCAUGCUAGCCUAGACUCGGUUAUACCUGAAGAUGGGGAAAUUUCUGGUAGCCUGAAGAAAACAGUCAGAUUCAAUGAUGUAGUUACGCAACAACUGUUCAGGU